CUAGCACAGGGGAUAUAACACACACACACACACAAAGCAGCAGGCCAUCUCUCUCUCUCUCUCUCACUACAAAAAAUGGCUUCCAUUGACUCUCUCUCUACCCUCGUAUCCAUAGCAGCCAUUCUCGUCUCUUCCUUUAUCCUCGCUCUUCUCUCUAUUAAGCUCCUUUCUACUAGCAAACUGCAAGGCAAAAUUAAGAAGAAGUACCAUCCAGUUGGUGGCACCGUUUUCCACCAAUUAUUCCAUUUCAACAAGCUGCAUCAUUUCAUGACUGAUCGUGCUUCAAAGUACAAGACUUAUAGGUUGCUUAGCCCUUUCAGAAAUGAAAUCUACACUUCAGACCCUGCAAAUGUUGAGCACAUGCUCAAAACGAACUUUGACAACUAUGGCAAGGGUUUGUACAGUUACCGCAUCUUAGGGGAUCUAUUGGGCGAUGGAAUAUUCACAGUAGAUGGAGAGAAGUGGCGCCAACAGCGGAAAGUAUCGAGCUACGAGUUCUCUACCAAGGUUUUGAGGGACUUUAGCAGCAUUGUCUUCCAGAAAAAUGUGGCAAAACUUGCUAAAAUUAUCUCUGAAGCCGCAGCUUCCAACCAAAUAAUGGAUAUUCAGGAUCUGUUUAUGAAAUCGACGUUAGAUUCGAUAUUCAAGGUUGCCUUUGGAGUUGAACUGGACAGUAUGUGUGGAUCAAGUGAAGAAGGCGCCAAAUUUAGCAAUGCUUUCGACGACUCAAGUGCAAUGACUCUUCGGCGGUAUGUUGAUGUCUUUUGGAGUAUAAAGAAAGCUCUGAAUAUUGGGGUGGAAGCUGAGUUGAAGAAAAACAUCAAAGUCAUCGAUGAUUUUGUGUACAAGCUAAUCCGUAGCAAAGUCGAGCAAAUGGACAAGUUACCAGAUGAUGAUUCCUCGGCAAAGAAAGAAGACAUUUUAUCGAGGUUUCUCAAAGUGUCCGAAACAGAUCCUAAGUACUUACGGGACAUAAUUUUGAAUUUCAUAAUCGCUGGUAAAGACACAACAGCAGCGACUCUUUCUUGGUUCAUUUACAUGAUGUGCAAACAUCCUGACAUACAGGAAAAGGUUGCACAAGAAAUAAAAGAUGCAACCAACGUCAAAGAGGGUACUGACGUUGAUGAGUUUGCUGCCCGUAUUCGUGAUGAAGCUCUAGAAAAGAUGCAAUAUCUCCAUGCCGCUUUGACUGAGACUCUCAGGCUGUGCCCUGCAGUUCCAGUGGAUGCCAAGAUUUGCUUCUCAGAUGACACUUGGCCAGAUGGAUUUAGUGUGAGAAAAGGUGAUAUGGUGGCUUACCAACCUUAUGCAAUGGGCAGGAUGAAGUUCAUAUGGGGUGAUGAUGCAGAAGAGUUUAGACCAGAGAGAUGGCUUGACCAGAAUGGCAUUUUCCAGCCAGAAAGCCCUUUCAAAUUUACAGCCUUUCAGGCUGGACCUCGAAUUUGUCUGGGAAAGGAAUUCGCAUAUAGGCAGAUGAAGAUCUUCUCCGCUGUCCUGUUAGGGUUUUUCGUCUUCAAGUUAGGUGAUGAUAAGAAAGCGGUUAAUUACCGGACAAUGAUUAAUCUUCACAUUGAUGGGGGUCUACAUGUCCGCGCCUUCUGUAAGUUAGGUGGUUAGAACCUCACUUGUCACAUAAUAUUAUAUUUUGCUAUUUGUUCAUUGUACGGAAGGUGUAGAAACUCACUUUGUAAUGUAAGAUAUUUGAUCACAAUAUGGACAAAAGCAGAAGUUAAACCAGCAAACUCCAGAAGCAAUGACAAUAAAGCUGCCAAUUCCAAGACAA